AUGACAAAGCGGAGACGGUAUCACCAUGGCGAAAGCUAUUUUGUCUUGAUCGGUGGUGAAUCAUGCAAAGCGCAGGGUUCACCGAUUCGCAGUGAGCGUGACUCUCAGCACACUUCGGUGCCUUUCAUUGGCGAUGCCUACAAGAGCCUCCGCAUGGCAGGCAUUCCCCGCGACCGGAUCAUUACCAUCUGUCAGCUCCAGGACUAUCGAACUACUCUGAUAAUGGGUGCAGAAGGAGACCUGGUGUCAUCCAAAGGAGUGUCGCCUCGGUUUUAUCGAAAACAGCUGGAAGAGACGGACCUGCAUUGUCAGCUGCUACUAGACGAAGGAGGGGCGGACUAUGACUUUGAAAUGGUCAACCCUGCCACAGUUUGGAGCGUCCUCAGCGGCGAGGCCUCGCGGAAAUGUCCCAAAGUUGUGCCGCUGAACUAUUGCUCGGCUUUGUUUUUCGCCGUGUAUAGCCAUGGGGAUUCUCACGCUGCCGAUGCUUCGGCAAUGAUGGGCGGCAAAACGGAGAAUCAUCACCUGAAUGCCGAAUGGUUUGCGCAUUUCCCCUACCGGUAUCCAUCCAAACGGCAUGACCUGCUGGACUUUGUGGCAACGGAGAAUGCCGGUGGAAUGGCCCCUUAUCACCUCUAUUCCACGCAACUGCGGCUCAUUUUUCAUCGCCUCUUUGCGGCCAAUCCCAGCCGUCCCGUCGUUGGCUUGCUAAACUAUUGCACGUCGGGAGGGAACUUGGAAUUUAUGCGACGUCCUUCGGUGGUACAACGGUUGGGAGUGGAUGGGUGGCCGCUGUUCUUGAUGGCCUCCUCGGGAGGAUCCACGGACAGUCUUGUCGCCGGUUUGUGGCAGUCGGUCUUUCGACUGCUCUCGUCGUGUCUCCACCCACCCGCAACAGGACUACAGCAACAAUAUACCUUUGAAUCUCUGUUUGAGGCUGCCGUGUGUGCUUAUCACAAGGAGAACGUGUACGAUCUAUUGAACGAAUGUAAAGAACGAGCCUUUUCGGAGCGCGUAUGGGAGCUAGACUUUUCCUUUCAGGAGGGGAACAACAACAAGAAUGCCGUAAGUGAUCCAUGGCAUGCGGAAUGGAAUACCAAAUGUAGAGAGGCACUGCGAGACUUGCAAGAGGCUUACACUCGGGGCGAAGCGUUUCGUGUCCUGCAUCGGGACCAUGCCCGAGGAAUCGCGGACGGUGUGGCCAACCACCCUCGCCGACCCAACCACGUGGUAGUGUGGGCUCGAGGAGUCAACAACGACUGGCGCAAGAUCCCUCACAGCCGACCCUACCGAUGCCCCAUCACUGCGUAUCGGGGUAUCCACGCCGGCUGUGAGGUGGAUCUUGCUGCUAUUGUGGUGGAUGCAUUUGCCGCCAUUGCCAAGCCCGAGUUUGUGUGCGGAAGGAGUAGCGGAAUUCACCAAGCCAGCGUAUCCACCACCAUGCUUUGA